AUGGAAGGUCAGGCACAGCCUUAUCCAUUCGCAGCUGUACAGCGUGGGACGGAGGUGGCACCACAAGCGCCCUUCAACUUCUCCCGCCGCUAUGCCUGCGACCGAUGCCGGGGCCACAAGCUCCGCUGCAUCCGCGACCAGAUGACUGUUGACAGCCCAUGUCAGCGGUGUCGAAAAGCACGAGAGAAGUGUACAAUCGGUUCGUCUACGCGGCCCGUGCCGGCCAGGCUGAACAGGUCGUCUCAAGGACACAAGCUGCCAGGAGCAACCAGCUCAGCAAGUCUCACGACAGCUGCUCCUGCACUUUCAAUGCCUCCACAACAAGCACUUGCAUGGGCCACCGGCCUUGGCGAUACCGAACAAGGCGAUGCAUUACACCUGUCAUCAGUACCAUGGCUAGACAUGUUCGACUCUGCAAUGCUCGAUUCUGCGUGUGACAGUAACCACGAGCUUGACUUUGCAGAUAGAAGCAGUGGCAGUGGCAGUGGCAGUAGAGGCGCAGCAGAUGACCAAGAUGGGCCUGGAGAUGGUAGAGUACAUACUAUCACACCCACGAGUCAAGGGACGACUGCAGUGGCCAACCCGUUUCUACCGGGCCAUGAAUUUGAUUUCAGCCCUCGUUUCGACAUGCCUGGCGAACAAUGUAAUUCGGAUUUCGAGAAAGACUGCACCGGUGCGCCGGUACACGCCCAUCUACCUGCAGACGAGCGCAGCCAUGUUGCUUCAGUGGAAUUUAUGCAUCAUCCUGUCGCUCCAAUACAUCCCCCCACGAUGGCCAGCUCGCAUCGCACACAUUCAACUGCAUCCAAUGACAGCUCAAAAGACUCGACUACGGGAGUUAGAGAUGCAUGCAUACAAGAGCUAAAUGAGCUCAGCUCAACCUUGACCAAGGACCUCCAUACCGUCGUCGACUGUAAGCUAGCAAGCUCGUUCCUGUUCACGCGCUCAAACAAAGGCCCUGACGAGUACCUCUUCAAGACCCUAGAUGGGUCAUCAAGCCAGGAAAGCGCCAUUGGGAGAAUGCUGCAAGGCUCGGAGAAGUUUCUCGAUAUUAUGAAGCGGUUCAAUGAGCCAGCUCAAUCCGCGCCUCCGUUUGUCGGUCUUUCACUGCGUGUCGAUGCCCACGACUUUGGUCUUCUCGCCGAAGCCGUCGAUGGUUCCAAAAACUCUAGUGAAGCUACGCAACUGGACAGGAGAUGGAGAAUUCUGCAUUCGUAUCUGGAGCGUCGAAACGAGUCGCCAAAUCCCCUCUCUUUCGGGUCUUGGCUUGGCGACAAUCUCACCUACGGGCUUGCCAGGAAACCGGACAUGACCGCAAAAGCAGCAGUUUUACUGUGUUACACCAACCUUCUCUGGAUUUACGAGACCGUAUUCUUUGUCAUUUGCCACACACUGGAAUGCUCACCAUCCUUGGCUCCAGCCAUCAAACUGCCGCAGACAGUACCUGGGUUGGAAAUCAAUGGAUUCGUGCUCCAGAAUCACCCCAGUCUGCAAAUUAAGAUUCUGACCCAGGUCAGCUCUUAUAUGCUCGACUCUGUCGAGAAAGCACUGCAAAAUAUGCUGUCCGACUCCACUUUCCAGGCAUUACUGGAGACAGUCCUUCAACAAGAGGGACUACAAUACUCACCCGGGGAAGAGACAGGCAUGAUCUCGGUUCGCUGCUUGAUAGACAAGGUGAACAAAAUGCUGGACUGA